AUGCGCACACCAUUGUCUAAAGAAGGGCGUAGUAAAUUGCGGGCAGAAUGCCCUCGCCCUUCAGUGCCAGGAUCGGCGUGCAAGACGCCCGAGGUCGAUCCGCAGAUCGCACAGUUUUUAAAUAAGUCAGAUUGGAAACCGAAGAAAGGACUAGAUUUUUCCCUAAAGAGUUGCCAAGAUAAAAUCAUGGACACAUCCGGCCCAUUAUCUAAGGCCUACGAGCUGUUAGAGUCCGCAAAAUCGGACGAGGCUGAACUCGACCUGGACGUAGCAAUUGGCUGGAUACAGCGGGCCAUCUGUUUAAUCGGCAACGCCAAUAUGGCAGUUUCAGCUGAGCGCAGGAAAGCUAUCCUGCUUAAGAUAGACCCGAAGUUGGCUACCAUGGCCAUAUCAGAACCGGGACCCUCUGCUGAGGGUAUGUUUGGCGAUAACUUCAUCAAGGACCUGGGUUCUUAUGUGAAGACGUUCACCACCAUCGAUAAGGCCCGGGCUAAUAUGAAGAGGUUUUUGGAGGGGCUGGGCACAACAGGAGCCGUCCACCCGGCCGUGGUUUCAGAGGCUCGUUUCGGGCACAAAGGGGCUCCUUCUUCCCUUCUAGAACCUUCCAAGAGCCAAGACCGGCUCCAUUCUUCCCAUCCAGGGGGAGGCCAUGGAAUCCCCGCUAUCCGAGAGGGGCCACGUCAGGCAGACGCCCUUAUAGUGAGUACCCCUGUUUCUCCUUAUGUUCAGGAGCGGGUGGCGGGCAGAUUGGCAAAGUUUUACAGGGCGUGGGCCACAUUAACGACAGAUGCAUGGGUCCUCCACACAAUAAGGGGUUAUCACAUAGACUUUGUGUCCAUGCCUGUUCAGAUUUCUGUCCCCAGGGAACUAUCUCUCGCUCGAGACCAGGAAGAAUUGA